AUGGGUGCAAUAAUAAAAUACUUAGUAGCCGGCAUAGUGCGAUAUUGGCUCAUACAUACAGAUUACUGGCAAAUACUAGCAAAUAGAGUUGAAAUAGCAACCCCACUCAACUCUUGGAAGAGAUUAAUCGAAGGAGUUUACUUAUACGAUCAAGACAUAAACCCCUAUGAAGGAGAUUCCUUUCAUGAAUCUCCUAUAAUAUUGAUAAUAUUUCACUUUUUAUUUAAACGUGCUCCAUACAUUUUACCACUGCUUUUUACGGCGAUCGAUCUCUUGACAGCAAGUCUAUUGCACAAGGCAUCUAAAGCUUUUGUCUGUAUAUUUUUGAAUUGCCAGCAAAAGAACCAGUCAGAUGUAGCCGAUGAGUCUAAAGAUAUGCUUCUAUCAAGAGAGCAAUUGAUGGAAACUUCAGAAUAUGUGUUGUCUGUUUAUUUGUUUAAUCCAUAUUCGAUUUUGAAUUGUGUGGGAAUGACUACGACUGUGGUGCAGAAUGCUCUGUUAGCAGCGGCUCUUUGUAGUGCUGCAAAUGGAUUUGGUAUAGUAGCAUGUGCUUGCCUUGCGUUCGCGACCCACCAGGCUCUCUAUCCAGUCCUUCUGAUUGUUCCUAUAGCAAUGAUUUUAGCCGAGGUGAAUAAGGGCUGUGAUAAAUGCUCAUACAUUAGAACUUUGCUUGCAUUUGUGGUCAGUUGGGGUUUCCUCAUAUACAUUUCUGCUUAUAUUAUGGAUGGAUCUUAUAACUAUGUUUACAAUACAUAUGGAUUCAUAUUAACCAUACCAGACCUGAAACCUAAUGUUGGCUUGUUUUGGUACUUCUUCACUGAAAUGUUUGAGCACUUCCGACUCCUGUUCAUAUGUGCAUUUCAGAUAAACGCAUUGGCCCUAUAUAUUGUACCUCUCACAUUGAGAUUUAAGAAAGAGCCGUUGUUACUCAUCACAGUGCUGCUUGCUCUCUCAACCGUAUUUAGAUCGUAUCCCUGCAUUGGUGAUGUUGGAUUCUACAUGGCUUUUAUACCUCUAUGGAGACAUCUUUUUUCAUUUAUGCAACAGAAAUUCAUAGUGGCGUGUGCAUUCAUUAUAACAUCUGCACUGGGCCCUACAGUAUGGCACUUAUGGAUAUACUCUGGAUCAGCUAAUGCAAACUUUUUCUUUGGAGUGACAUUGUCGUUUGCUACUGCACAAAUAUUUCUUAUUACGGACUUGCUAUUUGCAUACAUCAAGAGAGAGUUUACACUAAGAAAUGGAUUUUCUCGGAUGGUUGAUGGAAAACCAGCCAAAUUAGUAUUACGAUAGGAUAUACAUGAUUUUAUUAAAAUAAUUACUAUUAUAAAAGUUGUCUGUGAAUUAAGAAAUGUACUUGUGACCAACCAUGUGUCAAAAAGAAUUUGCAUGUCAUACAUUUUGUAUCUUUAAUAUUUUUUCUGCAACUGUUACAUUCCAAGUCAGUGGCUGCUCUAUAAUAGUCGAACUUCUCGUUUUGAGUUCAAGAACCGUCACUGAUACAAGUAUAAAAACACAGUUAUAAAUUAAUUCACAUAUCUACCUAAAGUGUAUUUACAAUGUUUGUUUGACAAAUUUUCUGUAAUUAUUAGAUAAUUGUCAAUAUACACAGUUGUAGUACAGAUUGACGAUUUUUAGCGCAGAUAAAUUUUAUAUCCUCAUCGUAUUACUAUUGUUUGGGUGUCGUGUCAUACAAAUGUAGCUAUUUUUAUAUAUAAACAAUUCAUAGCGUCCGGCUUUUUUUUUUUUUUUCGCGAGUUCUAUUUGCUCACUCGUAUCAAACGAGAGCGAGUGAGGACAUUAGCCUUUUGCUAUUUUUCAACUAUAAUCUAGAGUCCGACCGAUAUUAAGCAGAAAUUCCAAAUAUCACGUUGCCCGUCAGGCGAUCGAACCCUAGACUUAUUCGUGUAACCAUGUAACCAUCGAACGUCACAUAAAACCUUUUUUAAACGACCAUUAACUUUGAUUUACUUUGCUAAUAUUUAUAAAUUUCGGUUUUGAUGAGAGUCAUUCAAAUCGGUUACUUUUUAAAAUACAUCACAUCACUCGCCCACCGACACCAGUCUAAUACAAGAUUGACAGAAAGGAGGGAAGGCAGAUAAAUGAUAAGUAUUUCAUUUAUAAAUGCAUUUUGCUUCCGUAUGAGGUGUCGGAAACGAUACGAUGCCCCACGAAAGGAAGCCUUAAAUAUAUUUACGAUAUCCACCUUACAUUGAUUUGACAAUUUGUAAGUUCCCGAUUAUAAGGACAUAUUUAGUCACAAUAUUUUUAGCUUGUAAAAAACCUAUGAUUUACUUCAUUAUUAUUUAUAAUUAUAUGUAAAAUAUGUGUACCAAAGUUGGCAAAAUGUUUAUUAAAGUGAAUAAAAUUAACAUCAGAACAUUAAUGAUUGUUUUGUCUUGGCAAUUGAACUAAUAACAUUAUUUCGUUACUUUUGAAAGGUUGUGUCCAAUAAGUUACCUAAUACUGCUUUUUCUGUAAAGAUAUUUUAAGUUGUUAUUUAAAGCUAUGCUAUAAUAAUGAAAUGUUUGAAUUAAAAAGCUUCAUAUUUUUUUAUUGAAAAGUCUGUGUGGUCUCCAUUUACAUAUUAUGAAAAGAAUGACAAAUUGGCAAACUUAACAUUUGUGCAAAAUACCUGGAAAUAUAAGUACAAAUAUAUAUUGGGAA